AUGCUGCGCAUUCACAUGGCCUCCGGAGCGGAGGUCCUGGCGCUCACGGCGGAGGACCUGGAGAGCAUCGCACGGGACAAUGCCCACCCGGUUCGGACCGUCAAGGAGAUGGUGGCCGAAAUCUGCAAAUACUCCAGGUUCAGACUCCGACUCCUCUGCCAAGAUGGGUCCUUCUUGUCAGACCAGGUGCUGCCAGAGCCUGGCAGCCUACAGCUCGUCCUGCUGCCCCUUCAGAAGGCCUCAGAUGAAGAAGUCGACGCUUUGAUAGAGGCAGCAGAGGGCGACGAGGUGUAUGCCGUGGAGGAUCUUUUGCAUCGCCCGCAAGACCCCGACCUCGUGAGUCAGUCUGGCCUCACAGCGCUGUACAUGGCGGCCCACCGCGGCAGCGCGCGAUCUUCCAAGCUGUUGCUGGAGGCUUUCGCCAACGUGGACCAGCCAACACUCCGCGAUGGCGUUACUCCACUGGCCGCCGCCACACGCCAUGGGCACGCUGCGGUGGUCCAGCUCCUCCUGGAGGCGAAGGCAGAAACGGAGGGCCUCUCGCAGGAGGGCUCCUCGCUGGUCUUUGUGGCGGCGGAGUGCGGUCACCUGGAGGUGGCCCGGCUUCUUCUCGAAGCGGGGGCUGACAAGGACAAGGCGCGGAGGGAGGAUGGCAACACUCCUCUUCACGAGGCGUCGCGCGCGGGCUCAGCCGAGAUGGUGAAGUUGCUGUUGCAGGCGGGAGCCGAGAUUAACAAGGCCUCCCUGGAGGAUGGCGCCACGCCCCUCUUCGUGGCGUGCCAGAACGGCAAAGCCGAUGUGGUCCGAUUGCUACUCGAAGCUCAGGCCAACAAGGAUGCGCGGAGGCAGGAUGGCGCAACUCCGCUCUACGUGGCCUCGAAGACGGGCUUUGGGGAAGUGGUGAGCCUACUGCUGGCGAACGGCGCGGGCACGUGCCAGGCGGCCACCCACAACGGCUCCACGCCUUUGUAUGCAGCCUCAUGGAUGGGCUGGGCCGAGGUUGUGAAGCUCUUGCUGGCAGCAAGUGCGGACCAGGACCGCUCAACCCGCACCGACGACGGGGCAACACCUCUCGACGUGGCCUCCUUCAUGGGCCACGCGGAGGUGGUGCGCUUGUUGAUCGAAGCGGAGGGAGAGGAAGACAAGGACUGCACCCACUCGUGCCGCAGCCCAGGCCCGCUUUUCCUGGCAGCAAAGAAGGGGCACGCAGAGGUGGCGCGCCUGCUGUUGGAUGCCGGCGCCGAUAAGGACAUUGGUCUUAGCCCUCACGGGGCCACACCUUUGUCGGUUGCUGCCAUGUUUGGCCAUGACGACAUGGUGCGCCUGCUGAUUUCGGUCCGCGCGGACAUGGACAAGGCCCAGGUGGAUGAUGGCACGACCCCACUCCACCAGGCGGCAGUCUGUGAAGCACAUAGCGCAAACACGGCAGGUGUGGUGCGGCAGCUGCUACUGGCUCGGGCAGAUGUCAACAAGCCUCGGCUCGAAAGUGGGGAGACACCUCUCUAUGUUGCGGCAAGCAGCGGCACAGUGGAGGUGGUACGACUCCUGCUGGAAGCCGGCGCGGACGCGGACCGGCCACGCCUGCAGGAUGGGACGGUGCCCUUGCACGCUGCAUGCAGCAAGGGCAGAUCGGAUGUGGUGCGCUUGCUGCUGGAGGUGCGCGCUGAUAAGGACAGCGGUAGCACGCUGGAGGGGGCCACGCCUCUCUGCGUGGCAGCCCGAACUGGGGAAGCAGACGUGGUUCGCCUGCUUCUGGAAGCUGGUGCUGACCAAGACAAGGCCCUCAACAAUGAUGGUGCUACUCCCUUGUUCCUGGCAUCCUGGCAAGGUCGGGAGGAGGUGGUGAAGCUCUUGUUGUCGGCGAAUGCGGACCUCGACCGUCCGCUCACCGUCGACGGAACAACACCUGUGUCUGUCGCGGCGAUCGCAGGGCAUGUGGCCGUGGUGCGCCUCUUGCUCGAGGCGCGUGCGGAUAUGGACGGCGCCCGCCACGACGACGGCGCCACCCCGCUCUCCGUGGCGGCCCAGAAGGGGCGCGCAGAGGUGGUCAAGCUGCUACUUCUUGCUCGGGCGGACAAGGAGAAGGCGCUGACGGUGGAUUUCCCAGGAGCCACGCCCCUCUUCGUGGCAUGUUGGAAGGGCCGCGUCGAGGUGGCGCGAGUUCUGCUGGAAGCCGCAGCCAAUGUGAACAUGGCAUGCUGGAACUCCGGGGAUACGUGCCUCGGGGCUGCCUGCCAAGAGAAUCAGAUGGAGGUGGUGCCCUUGCUCCUGGAGGCUGGGGCCUUCAAGGACCAGGCCCGCAGCGACGGCGCGACGCCGCUUUUCCUGGCUGCACGCGAGGGCCACGUGGAAUGCGUGAGGUCCAUGCUCAAGGUGGGUGCCGAUAAGGACAAAGCCAACAAUGCCGGGGUGACGCCGAGCGCGAUUGCGCAGGAACGAGGGCACAGCACCAUCCGGCACCUCCUGGAGUUCGGGCCGCCUCCGCCUCCGCCGCCUCCGCCUGAGCCGUCCGGGCCGGAGUUUUUCGGCGUCUAG